CCAUAAAGAAGGAAGUUGAACUGAAAAGAUACGUCUGUCAAAAAAUCAUGCCGAAAUUACUUUUAUUCGAAGUAUUUUUCGUUCUGAUACGCCUCGGAUGUACAGAGGGAGACCUCAUCAACACUUCAGAGACUUUUAAUACGCCUGGUGCACUUUAUGAAGGAAGUUACCUUCAAAAUAGUACGGGAUACAAAACUGCUGCGUAUGCGGUUCAGCGCGCACAAAAUCAGGAUGGACUGAAAAUCCACACCGAGGUCGAGGAGAUUGAGAAACAUUUCAUCCCUGUUUUGGACGAAGAUUGUCUACAAAUGUUACAGGAAUAUGCAAGUGUGUCAUCACGCGUUGUCUACUGUGCUCUCGCAUUUUCCAAGCCAGUGCUAUUUUGUGAAACUUGUGUCGACGUAUUUAUAGAAGCUGAACAAAAAUUCAAGGAGAUAGAACGGAUGUCAACAUGUGAUGAACCAUUGCUGAGAUCUGAUCGAGUGCAAAUACUUAGAGAGACUCAUGAGUUUUUAAGAGAACUGUGGGACAAGGGCAGCUGUAAAAACUGCUUCAAAAACAUCAGCUCCUGUGAGAAGAAAAAACCACCAUCAGGGUGCCAAGUGAGAGACGGCGUUGUGGAGUUCCAAAAGCACAUCAACGACACACUUGCCUGCUUUGAUAAAGCAUCAGCUAGUGGUGAGAAUGUUUGCAUUAAUUGUUCUGUUGUUUACCGGAAUCUGUGCAAAUUCUUCUCCUCCAUGGGUGGUGUUGAAGAUAUCUGCAUAGAUUGUGUUGAACAGAUGAACAGUACAAGAAAGGUAUGGAGUACAAUCUACAACUGCACUAAUGCAGACAGAGACAUUGUGUCUGUUGUUUCCAUCAGCGUGUUUUUCUGCUCGCUGCCUAUCUUCUUCUACAUUGGGUCAAAAGUACAUACCACAAAAACUGAACUCAAAUUGAUGAAAUUAAAUCGAAUGAACAAACCUCAUGACACGAGGCAGAGCCUUCCAACACUACCAGAACAUGGCGAGGACUUCCUUACGGAUUACAGAACAUAACUAGAGUCAAAGGAGUUUUAUCAUUCUAAAUUUUGGUGUCAUAAGAAAGAGCGAUUUAUGGGAAACUGGUGUUGCUCGCACAUACGUCAUUGCACACCUAGAAUUUGUUUUACUUUACAUAGACACAACGAAUUGGUUAACUAAAUGUUUUUCUCAAGUUCACUUAAUUCCACGAACAGUUUAUAAAAGCUAUUCAAUUUUGGCGAAAUUGAUAACCUAUCACUUCUGGCAAAAUGAAACUAGGAUUUGAAAUUGUAUAUGGUAGAAAUACAACCAUAACACAAGAGAUUUUUGUCAAUUUCUGUAAACCUUACUUCAGAAUGAUGAAAAGAUUAAUAAUUAUAUUUUUAUCAGUGUUUUGAUGAAAUUUAAACCAGAUUUUAUGUAAUAGUUUGCUCUGUUACCAUCUCUCAUAAAUGUGUGCUGUACCCUCUUCAAACAUUAUUUGCUAUGAUGCUUCAAUGGCAAAUUAUGACAAUAUGUGUACCUGUAAGCCUCGAUUUUGAAAGGACAAGUGCACCAAGGCAAUUUCUCCCUACCUGGUAUAUGGCACCCUUUGAGGAAAUUGUAAAUUUCAACUGGAUUAUUUCAAUGGCACCAAGGCAAUGACCAGGGGGUAUGGAGGCAAUCCCCUGCGUGAAUUAUCAGCCAUGUUUUUAUUUAAGUGCAAUUACCAGUAAUAAAAUAACUCGCAUCCAAAUUUGAUCUCUUUGUACAUAUGUAAUUUUGUUUUAUUUCACCCAUUCUUUUACAUUGUAUAUGCAAAAUUUACACAUUUGUACAGGCUUAUAAAAUAAAUGGUGAUUACUGAUAUGAAAACACAAUUGCAAGACAAAACUAUUGUUAUUUAUUAACGUGUAUUCGCCACCUCUGAAACCUACCCAGUGUUUUAAUGGUUGAUCUAAUUGAUUGCUCUUUUAAUUCUGAUUGCAUUAGAUUUUCUCUCAUAAGGAGAAACCCAUCAAUCAUUGUAUUGGUUACCAUGAAAGUGAAUCCACUAAAUAAACACUCCGUCUUCAGACUGUUGCUACUAACGUUGUCAUCAGAUUACAAGUCUGCAAAGUAUUAUAAUGUUGGAACAAUUAAUUUUGAAUGACAUUUACCAAACAUUCUCGACAUUCUCAAUUUCUAAAAAAUAUACACUUGCUGUACAUGUACUCUAUAUACAUUUAUCUUGUAGAACAAGUUUAUUUCAAAUUUCGAAUUAUACCUAAUAAGAAUGAUUCAGUUUUAUUUGUUUCUGAAAGGGAAACAGUGAUAAGUUCAUACUAGGGACCAGUCUCCAAUUGUUAUUUUGACAAACUUUGAUCAAACCAGGGAAAAGCAACCAAUCAUUACUGUUUUCUAGUCGACAUUUUGAAGGAACAAAGCAUGUUUUCUACAAAUAUUAAUAGAAUAAUUAGUUCAAUAUAAAAGGAUCUGUUAAACGGUCCUUGAUGGUGAAUAUCAAGACUAAAAUCACGCUAUGUACAAGUUCAUUGAAUAUUCCUUUACAGCACGAAACAGUCCAGAUAUUAGUAGUGUUUGCGUUUCACUGUUGACCCUUUCUUGCAAUCAUUUAUGUAAUCUUGAACUGUAAUUGCUUAAUCAAAAGUUACCAAACUAAUGUUAAAACAUUCUCACAUCAACAAACUUGCUCGACCUAUAUUCUUGGAUAAGUUAACAAAAUAAAAAUACAAUACAUUAAUUUAUUAGAAGAG